AUGAACACAGGCAAGCAAGCUUGUAGUCGACUUGUAAAUAUGGCUCGUGUAUGCAAACGCAAGGUGGUGCAGCAUGAUUUCUACGACGAGGCCGAACAGGUUGCUGGAGUUGUGCUUUUGAACAGUCCAACAAACGAUUGCUGGGAGUAUGAGGAAUAUUUGCGACUCUUGUGUGUGCGGCGGUUCAUUCAGCGGCAGCCGGAGUUUCCCGUCAGCCGGUGUUACUUUGUUUGCGCAGAUGGAGCCUACCCCCGACUGCGGGCGUACUUUGAGGAGGAGCAAAGGCGUCGUCCGGAAUUGCAGUCGUUUGCUCAUGUUCCUCUCUGUGACGUUGUUAUUGGCGAUAUGGACUCCUACUUAAGUUCAUUCCCCAAGUGUGGUAUUCAUGGGGGCACCGACGGCAGGGGAUUUCAGCAGUCAAUGCCUUCUGACGGUUAUGCGACGGUAAACGCUAUUCCUGCCUCUAUCUUUGAUCAAAUUCGUCAUAGAUACACUUCGACGCUUGCAGAAUUCUCUCGAGUGCGUGCAGCCAUGGAAGGAACCUCGUUGAAAAAGUGGGAUAAGCUGCCGGCAGAACUCAAAGAUGGGUCAUCCUCGCUUCCUUUUUGGAUACAUAUCCGCUGUCAGGAUACAACCGACUUCAUGAAAUCAUUGAUGUUUCUCAAGAGACUGCAAGAGCAACACAUGGAAGACGCCCGUGCUGUCCCGCCGCCUGUCCUACGAACUGAGAGUGGUCUGCAGUUAUUGAAAACAGGUGGCGCGGUUGACCCAAAUGUUGGAAGUGAAGGUCUGGACAUUGACCCUAAGCGAGAGAGAGACUUGUGCGCAGAGGCAUGCAAGACAGAGGUGGUGCUACUACCCACGUAUGUUUGUCUUGGUGCCCUUGGAGGCCGAUUUGACCACGAAAUGGCGGCCAUCUCGGCCGUUUUGGAAUUCAGUGAAGAUGCGCAUGUUGUGCUAACCAACUCCGGUAACACUUUAUUCGCCUGCCAGCCUGAUGGCUGGACGCAGGUGGUACGGCAUGCACGUUGUGAAGGCUUGGUGUCUGGUCUUGUUAACUAUGGUACCAUGAAGGAAUGCGAGGUCAGUGGACUGCAGUGGAAUGUUGUUAUUGGGCGGGGGAAACCAAGCGAAUCGCGUGAUUUGGUUCUGGGGUUUGGCAAGCUGAUCUCGGCGUGCAAUCCGAUUCGCCACGAGGUUGUCACGAUUGACCUGCGCUGCUUAAUGCCCUUGACACAGCCCGCAAAGGAGUGUGGCGGUGGGGUAGCUGCCAACCACAACCCACCCACCAUCUUUACUAUUGAACGACGCAAAAAAGCUGAAAAAGAGGCAGGCUGCUAG